AAUCACUCAACAGCACUCUUGAGUAUUGUCAAAUAACCUCCACGUCCAUGUGAUCACCAAGAGGAUAUCGACCAAUCACAGCCGAGCAGUGAAAAAUUGGAGCCAACCAUUUUGAAACUCAGCGAUUGAAACGCAAUGUAAUUGGUUUAUCUCUUGGCACUGAAGCUAGUAACAUAUGGUAAGUUUUGCGUGCGUGUUGCCAACGGUGAAUGUUGACAUUUCUCGUCGUCAACGGUGAUCAACGGCAGCAAAUGGCGCAUGUAUGUAUGUAUGUACCACAGUAGAUGCAGCUGUCGAUGUGUCAGAGAGGAAUCUUUCGUGUGCUAUAUUGUAUCUCGCAUGACGCUGCCCGGGACAUGUUGCACGAUGAUGCGCUCGUAGGAGUGGCUUUUACGAACUGAGCCGCGAAACGAAUUUGUGCCUACGGUCGCGUCGUUUGUCGCGGAUGUGCGUGAUUGGCAUGUUAAAUGGCAAUGAACAUGGAGGUGGCAGACGCGUCCAGGAAGGCUGACGUUUGUUUUUCAACGGCGGAACUCGACAAUGCUAAUUCGGCAAUUGACGAUCGCUCGCCGAGGAACGAGCGGACGUCCUCGCCGCGCACCGACGGCGACGUGACGCCCGGCGAUGACGAGUCCGUCGACGCGGGAACGAGGAAGCGCGAGGAAACUGCCCAUUCGUCGCAAGCGACUUCGAACGAUCGUAAGACUGACCCGUCAGAUGGAAAUGCCAACGGUCACGUUUCUCAGAGCCCAUUAGCCUUCACCAUCGACUUUGAUAGCAACAAGGAGGUCGACACGGCGAAGUACCAAAACUUGUUCGAGAGAUACAAUGCCAGGCACAGACGGAAUCUCUCCACAUCCAAGGUAGAGGUGAAAUCAAAGAAACCGAGCACUAUAUUGUCUCCGAAUUUGGUGCAAAAGCAGAAAGUUCCUAGCACACAUUCAGAAGGUUACUUUAGUAGUGAGGAUGAUACAAAGCGAAAAACUGACCAAUUGUCAGAAAGACUUAAACAAUUAGGUGUGAAAACUUCUUCAAGAGCACAUUCUAGCACAAAGAAGUCCAAAAAUGAUCAUGUAGCUCCAUGUCGUCUAAGUAAACAGCAUUUAAUGACGCGAUCCUGCGAUGAUGAAUCAUGGCACAACAAAUUGUCCCAAGGAUUUUCCCUCGAACUCGAAUCCAAUGAAAACAUGUACUGGACAUCCCAAAGAUCGGCAACGAUAAACGACUUAAGCCGUGUCCAAACUAGCAACUACGACGACGAAAACGAGAAGCAAUACACGAAGAAUAUAGAGUACAUCGAUACCAAUCACGAUUGCAAGGAGGUCAAUGAUUCGGAGGAUAAUAAAGUGUCUAACAUGAAUUACAUCACUGACGAUUUUAACAUAAAAAAUACGAACGAAAACACUUUGUCGAGCGUCAGUUACACGAUGGAUCUAAACGUAGACAAUAUCGCGGACGCCAAUCUCGACGUGUUUAACGUCAGCAAUGCCGACGCCGGCUCUGACGGCGCGGUAAGCGAGGCUGGGACGUAUACGAUUCACAAGGAUUAUACCGAUGAGGAAAAAGCGAGGAUGGACAUCGACAAGGUUUUCAGUGUCGGUGUUCUGACCGAGGAUGAGAGCAACGAGGCGUACGUUCAUAAUUUCAAGAUGAGUAUCUCUCGCGACAACAACGCGUGGAUAUCAGAAUGGGCUACCCAAGUAGCGGAACAUAAUUCUCUACCUCCGAUAAUAGGCGGCUCGACCGGCCGUACACCGCCUCUGAGCCCCACCAAGAUACCGUCUCCAAUUAACGCUAGGUCUCCACGAGUGUCACGCAGCCGUUACGAGCAACCCGACAGUAACGCGGGGGACACAGGGGAUUCGUACGUACGAAUAAAGGAAAGGAUUGGUAUGAUUCCAAACCAAUAUCAGAUCAUAGACUCCGGCGGGGAAUCCGACGAUGAUACCAGCAAUAGUUACAACACACCACCCAACAGCUCACAACGCACACCUGUACAUAGUGCCGUAGCUAGGCGCAGCAGUUUGUCUGAGUCGUUGUUUCGACGUGCGAAUACCAACGAAAAUAGACGAAGCAUCCGAAAAUACUUAAGUUCAGCCAAAUCGAAGGCUACGGAUACCAAUGUAGAAUUACGGAAUAGCCCGUCCCAGGAAUCGUCGCCGCUCCAUUUUACGAGGAGAAGCAGUUCUCUAGAUAGGAAGGAAUAUGCUUCUGAUACAACGGAAUCUAAUACGUCCAGAAAAAAUAGUAUAAAAUGCCAUAAGGAAGAAGACUGCAAGCACACGAAUAGUCCUAUCUUGAGCCGUCUCAGACCACCCACGCCAAAAUUGACUAACAGUCCGAUUGUGAGCCGCAAGGCCGCAGCAACGAAGACCCUAAAUUCUCCCAUGCUGGACAGACCUAAACACGUAGCAAAGUCGUCUCAGCAGGCGAAAAAUGUAGGAUAUUUUACGUGCGUCGAAAACAGUUCAUACAUGUUGAGAAAAUCCAACAGCACUACGAACUAUCACGAAGGAACUAGUUAUUUUGAUAAGGACGUGCCUAUUAAAGCGCCUAACAUGUUACGAAAUAGUCCGGAACUUCAACGGCAUCUCAAUAUACAAAGAUCGUCAAGCAACACGAACAUUAGGAACGUCAAGUCGCAGAAUUCGGUGUCGCGUCGUAGCAGUUUCAAUAGCAAUGACGUUGACAGAAUAGCCGCGCGAGGCAAAUUCGUUGUUGCUUCCGACAGCAGCAGCGAAACUGGCGAGCAACAGAGGAAAUCUCCCUUGACGCCAAUCUCCUCCGGAAUCAAAUUAAAUCGGGCUUUCAGUAUACGGAGAGCAAGAUUGAACUGCGAGUCUGAUACAACGCCGAAUACAACCCCCGAGGAAAGACGUAGAAGAGCGCAGUCCGAGGUAAAGACCGUAGCACCUGUGACGAAACAACAAAGUUAUUAUCGUAGUCGCACAAGUAGCGUCGGAGCGCACGGUAAAGAGUCGUUAAAGAAACCGGAGCCAACGAAAUUCCGUGCGCCGUCUAUAUCUAGAACCGAUACCGGUAGAUUUAGCAUGAGAGCCUCGAAGUCCGCUCAUCAUGCUUUCAAUAACCAGAAAACGAAUCAAAAGCCAAGCAAGGAUCACAAGAAGUCCGCCAGGAGCAACUCCAGCCUUACGUCCAAAGAGGUGGAAUUCCAAAAUUGGAAAAGGCGGAAAAGUUACGACCCGAUGAAAGCGGCGGCCGAGGGUAGAAAAAAAUUAAUCGACAGCACGAAGAAACAUCAUAGCACUGAAGAUGGUUCUGGAAACUAUGACAAUUCCGUGCUGAGAUCCGCAAGUUUCCAUGGUACAGGUGGUGCUCUCUCAUUAGCUAACGACUGGUCAGACAAUGAAUUCAAUUAUUCCUACGAAGACAACCAAGUACCGCCGCCCAGCAGCCCGCAACUGGAGAGCGAUAGCGAUUUGGAAACUUCGUCCUAUCUGCAAACGACUCAGAACGUUGUAUCUGCCAUGUCCGCUCGGAUGACAUACUGCCCUCCGCUCGACUCUGACAACGAAAGUGACGAGGACACGAGUCACAGCUUGCAUCGGAAUAUAUCAAAGGGACUGCGCCAUCCAAGUGACACGGAGAGCAGCGACGAACGACAUCCUGUGCCGCAAUCUUCUAUCGCCAAUACUAAAUACAACAAGGAAUUUAGUUUACGUCGAGCGAAAUUAGAUUCGCAACGAAUGAAACCUGUGUCUUCCAGUGUGAACAAAGCUAAAAAUUUGUCGCACGAUGUCCGCAAGUCCGAAUCCGUUUCCAGCAUUAGCAGACCGGACUCGGGCCGAUCGAGCACGCGAGUUAAUAGAGCUUCAAGCAUGGGGCCUAAAACAAAACCAAAGGAGUCGAAGAAGCCCGCGGCGCCGAACGUACGGGAGGUUGAAAUGCAAAAUUGGAAACGCCGCAAGAGCUACGAUCCGAUGAAGGCAGCGCUGGAAGGAAGAAGAAAAGCAGGCUUAGCGAAGAAAAAUAUCAACUCAGCUUUAUCACCGAGCCAUGUAGCAAGAUCGCAGAGUUUUCACGGAUCAGUCGGAUUGGCUAUCAGUGACUGGAGCGACGAGGAACCGAUCAUAUCCGCAGAUGAAGCCUCACUUUAUUAGAAUUAUCGCAGAGUUGCAACGGAAACGAGAGAGUAUAUAUGCGUGAAAGUAAGAUACAGCCAAUCACAUAGAUACUUGUAUAUAAAUCGCAAGGAUGAAUGACAUUUACGGGAUACUUUACGAGUACUUCCCUAUUUGGACUUUAAAUGUGAAGUGAUCAGCGAGACGAGUAACUGCUUGAGAAAUCCUUUCUAUAAUAAUACAAACAGGAGCUACCGAUUCCUGAAAAAAUUGUUAAAUUCUGAGUUACGAAAUUCGUGCUUCCCAAAAAGGAUACUUAAAAAUUAUAUGCCGAAAUUUGGCGGUAUUUAGCGCUAAAACGUCCAAUUGCGUGUAUUAAUUUAAUUUUUAUGAUUUUAUAUUCCUUUGUUUUCUCAAUUGUUCUCUCUUUUAUACACUUGUACGUUUAUUUAUACACAAAAUGCAAGAAUGUUGCUUAAACGUAUUGAAGGAAAUGUUUUAUGUGAAUAUAUUUCGAAAAAAGGAGAAAUCGGGAUGUUCUAAUUAUCAAAUGAGAGAACGUCACAAUUCAAUAUUUAAUUUAUAAUAGGGAGUGCUAAGUACGUAGAGAAAUAUAUGUGUAUGCUUGGUUUAAUUAUGGUUGGACCAAUCGCGUAGCGUUUACGUACAAAUAUUUGUACCUACGUAACCGCAUCUUGUUUCACUAAUAGAGAUGAUUUAUCUACUUGUAAUAAGCAUAUCCAUUUUCUGCUCGAAUAUAAUUUAUGAGAUAUAUUUUUUCAUUAAGAGCGGGCAGUGCAAACGCGUGACAGGACUUGCGUAAAUCUGUUUUAUUCUUUCGCGUACUAUGUAUACAUAUACGAUCGAUCGAAUAAUGUACAUUACAUUUAUUUGUAAUAGCGAAUAUGAGAGCUCACAUUGAUACUUCGUGAUACCUUCCUGUCAGCGUAACUAUCGAUGUAACGAAGGAGUAACGUGCUACACUUUCUUCCAAAGCGCGCAAUGAAUUUGUAGUGAAUAUUUCUUCUCUCCAGAGUGAUUUAAUGUGAUCAUAAAGGGCUUUACAAUCUUGAUCUUUAAGGUGUGUGUGUGUGUAUAUAUAUGUAUAUAUAUAUAUAUAUAUAUAUAUAUAUAUAUAUAUCGCUGUCGAUCGGUUUAAUUGUACAUUAUGCCUCUCUCGAUUUUACGUAGAAGCUAACGGAUUUCUCAAUUUGGUUCUAAGAAAUUAUUGAAUUAUCUCGAACUCAUACCCUCGACUGGAUAAAUUAUGUGACAUUAAAAUAUGAGACACGUGAGACGUAUUUUUACAUUAGUACUUAUUCAGAAGAUUGUAUCACUUGUUCAUCAUAUAUGCUUGUUGCUCUAAUAUAAAUUUAAUAAGGGUUCUAUCUGGAUUCUUCCUAGGAAAUUUCGUGAAAUUUAUGCGAGUUCGUUGUACAUGCGCGCGUCGUACAUUAUAGUAAAGAAUUAUAUAUACAAUGCUGCCUUUAUUACAUAAUCCACGAAGAAUUAAUUUUAUUAUUAGAAAGAAUUAACUUAAAAUUGAAUUAAAUAUUAUAUAAUUGAAAUAUUGUUAUUAAGAAGUAUUAAUUUUGAAAUAAUUUGUAUAUUGUUUUUUUUAUUCGCUUUUUGGAAUCUUAAGGAAACUGUAAAUUUAGAUUGGCACGUUGGUUUUCUUGUUGAUUUAUAUCAAAUUCUAUUUUCUUUUUUUCCCUUGAUAUAAAAAUUAUGCAAUAAAGGUUGUAGGAGAAUGUGAUAUUAUGGCAGGAUAAAAAGUUACUGAGUUGAAUGUUAGUAUCAUGAAUUCUUUCUUUCUUAGGUAUUAGCAGAUGAAUAUAAUAGUUUCGUAAUUGUGCAUAUCUCUAAUUUAUAUUUAGUUUUAGAAAUGUUUCAUCAUUUCUAUAAUACUAUCCGCAAUUUCAUAACAGCAUCGCGAGAACAACGUUACAAAUAUGUGAUAUGCUUUCGUUAUCAAAAUCCAAAUCUGUUUUUAGAUGCGAGAAGAACUAUUAAUAAUUGUUUUCACUAAUAAAAUAAAUGUUAGAUUGUUUUCAGGAUGUAUUGCAUUCUGUACAAACAUAUACUCAACGGACAGAUCUUAUUUUUAUAUAAUAUGUGUACUGGAAGUUGAUUCAUUGAUUACACAGAUUUAUAUAUAUGUAAUCUAAGUACUUCAAUCGUACGGGCGAUGUUUUCUCGCAGGGCGUUCUCACAUACACACAUGUUCAUUUCACGUUCCUGUUCUUCCCUUGAAGAGAAAUGGGCUUCCAAUGCACAUACACAGGAGUCACUGUGUCUUCAAGAUCGAUGCGUCAAAUUACUUAGUCGUUACACGGAUGGAUUGUAUUAUUUUAAUUCUGUAACUGGAAAUAUGAGGAUUAUUUAGCGAAAGAGAUCGUUGUAACACAGGUAAUCUCACACAUCAUAAACAGAAAUCCUCAAUUAUUUCUGAAAAUGAGAAUGUCCGCCAUCGAGAUCCUCACUUUUCUAGUGAUUUAUCGAGCAACGACAUGUAAAGCUUUUUAUUUUGUCAAUGAACUUUUCCUUUUAAGUAAUCGAUUAUUAAUGUAUCUUAAGUUUUUUAUUGUUAGUGAUAUUGUACAUGAAAAUAGUGUCUCUUAUCGUUAUGAUCUGAAUUAUUCAUGUAAUAGUGUUGUAAGCUGUAUAUGCGUUGUCUUAGUUUACCGCACACAGGAUGGAACGCGUACGUGUAGUUGUAAUAACGAUGCGAUAUAUUUUUGUAUAUUUAGAGCGCGUUAAGUUUCGUUUAAGUUGAUUGAUUAACUUUCGAUUCGAUUAUGUACAAUCGUUUUGCAGAAUAUAUACAAUAGUGAAAUAUAUUAUCAAUAUCUUACAUAA